UUCUCCCCGCCCCUCCUCGAGUGGUGGCGACGGACCAAUAGAACGAGGCAGAGGGCGGGUUUCCGCGAUGCGGCAGCCAAUGGGGGCAGGGGGGCGUGGCGGAGUGGGGACGGUUCGCGGCCUGGCACGGACGGGAAGCGCCGCGCAGUUUGCAGCUCUGCGAAGCGGCCGGUGGGCCCCUGCCAGCCCGGCACCAUGAACGUCUUCAACCGAAACAUCAACUUUGACGCCCUCUUCAAGUUCUCCCACAUCUCGGCCUCCACCCAGGAGCACCUGAAGAAGGUCUAUGCCAGCUUCGCUCUCUGCAUGUUCGUGGCGGCCGCGGGCGCCUACGUCAACGUGGUGACCCACCUCUUCCAGUUCAGCCUCCUGACCGGCCUGGGCUCCCUGGGGCUGAUGAUCUGGCUGACGGCCACCCCGCACAGCCGCGAGACGGAGCAGAAGAGGCUGGGGAUGCUGGCCGGCUUCGCCUUCCUGAUGGGUAUCAACCUUGGACCCCUCCUGGAAAUGUGCAUCUCCAUCAACCCCAGCAUCAUCCCCACCGCCUUCCUGGGCACCGCCACCAUCUUCGCCUGCUUCUCCCUGAGCGCCCUGUACGCCCGGCGCCGCAGCUUCCUCUACCUGGGAGGUUUCCUGCUCUCCGGCCUCACCCUGAUGCUUCUCUCCUCCCUGGUUAACGCCUUCAUGGGAUCCACUUGGCUCUUCACGGCCAACCUCUACCUGGGGCUGAUGGUCACCUGUGGCUUCGUGCUCUUCGACACGCAGCUCAUCAUCGAGAAGGCGGAGAGCGGGGACAAGGAUUACAUCUGGCACUGCAUCGAUCUCUUCCUCGACUUUGUCAACAUCUUCCGGGAUCUCCUGAUGAUCCUGGGUGUGACCGAGAACAAGAAGAAGGCGAAGAAGUGAAGCAGCUCCAGGCCGAGGUGGAGCUGUCCCCGUCCAGGUCCCCGUGUCCCCACCCUGUCCCUCUCCCGUUCAUUAAAGGGGUUGCGCUUUGCUGCCGCUGAACGGCAGCCGGAAGCUUUCGCACCUUGUGGGUUUUACUCUCGUUUCGCUUUUCUUUGAUUAGAAACCGGCCACUUUGUGGCUCCCGCUGGAGUUCAGCUCCCCCCCCACCCCCCCCGAGCCCCAUCCCUCGCUCAGAGGUUUGUCCCCAGCCCCACGGGUGACACGUCCCCACCUCCCCCUUGCGCCGGCAGCCGGGAUGUCCCCCCACCCAGGCGGCCGUGGGCCCCCCCGUGCCAGCUAGGGGGUGGGUGGUGGGACCCCCCAAAGCCAAACUCAAGGGGAGGAGCCUCCUCUGCUUCAGCACCAGUGCCAAGAAACACCAACGGCAAAGAAACCGCGGCGUGGGCUGAGCCGCCGGUGGGGCCGAAGGGUUUGGUUCCCAGCUCUCCCCCCAUCCCGCCGCCUCUUUGUACCGGGACGAUUCAAUAAAAACGCUCAAAAACUCCAA